GAGAGAGAGAGAGAGAGAGAGAGAGAGAGAGAGAGAGAGAGAGAGGACGCUCUGCCAGGACAUUCGGCUUAUCAGUGCGGACGAAGGUAGACUUUUCGGGGCGGGGAUGGUGAGGGACUUUCUCGACACUGCUGCACCUCGAACAGCCAAAGCAAGAUCAUGAGAGGGUGUAAGACGGCGGAGAAGCGGCCGUCAUACCCUUGUCUUUGACGAAGCCGUCCGUGUGUCCCUAUGCUCAGCUUCUGGAUGGUCGCGCAUGCAGGUGACGGAGGAGAAGAGGAUGGUUUCAGUGAGGGAGGAUGCUACUGAAUUCGUUUGAGAAAAUUCUUUAAUCCAACAGUGCUCGACAACAAUGUCACCGACAUUUCAAAGGAAAAACGGUAUUUCUCUUUUUCCCUUUCUACUCCAGAUAGUGCACUCUGAAAAUAAGAUGCAUUAAUAACAGAUGUCACAAUUUUCUUGGUCUCGAGGAUUGACCGAGCCACUGGUAAAACAACUGUAAGGUGGCGGGAGCCACAUUAUUGCCACGCACUGUGCCAAACAUUGCGGAUGUUUCAAAAAUAAAUAAAUAAUAGUAGCUUUUUUUCUUCUUCCCCCUUUUCAAUGCCUUUUUUUUAAAGAAACGCGACCGUUUCCAAAACGCAACGUUGAAUGCCACUGACAGCUGUAGCUAUAGCCUGUUCAUUAUUUUCAGAUUUAUUUUCGAUAAUCUGAUUCACUGAGGCCUGUGUGACAUUAGAGGCGUUUUAGAUUGUCAUUACAUCCUGUCAUGAGAGUAAAGAAAUAAAUGGUCCAGAAAAGGGUGCAGGAGGCUGUGGUGCGCUCUGAUACAAGCAUGAACCAUGGAGAACAUGAAAGAUUCAUGUUAACUACAGUCUCCCCAUGAUUUCAUGUUGGGGGCGAAGCCUGCUUUCUACCGACAUAAGAAGCGACUAUGACUGAGACACCCCACAGCUCUACCCCACGGUGCAACCAGUCAGCCAACCGACCACACAUUUAAUUUCCUCACACCCACAAUUGGCCGUUGGCAGAGACGCACAGAGAAGAGACGGUACUUGGGCGUCCUCGUCUGCUAAAAGCAGCAUACAACUGCUCGCCGGUUGCAGGUGUUCAGCAUAAGCUUACAAGACAAACCCAUUGUGCAUAUGAGACGUUCUGAUCCAGAUGGGAUGUAAUGUUGUGUGGCUGCACAGCUGAGCAUUGGUCUCCUUCUCCGCUGCUUCGUGAAGAUUGGCUUUUGGUGUCCAGAGAAUGGCGCGGUUCGGAGAUGAGGUACCGUCCAGGUAUGGCGGGGGGCCCGGCGGAGGGGGCCCGGGCGGCCGUGGUGGUAGCAGGCAAGGAGGACCCCAUGGACACGGUCACGGCCACGGGCAUGGCCACGGUCAUGGCCACGGUCCACCAGGAGGGCCCGGGGCCCAGAGAAUGUACAAACAAUCUAUGGCGCAGAGAGCCCGGACUAUGGCCCUCUAUAACCCCAUUCCCGUGCGCCAGAACUGUUUCACUGUCAACCGCUCACUGUUCAUUUUCAGUGAGGACAACUUCGUCAGAAAAUACGCCAAAAAGAUCACCGAAUGGCCUCCAUUUGAGUGGAUGAUUCUAGCUACCAUCAUUGCCAACUGCAUUGUCCUGGCUCUGGAGCAACAUUUGCCUGAUGGAGAUAAGACACCACUGUCUGAGCGCUUGGAUGAUACAGAGCCGUACUUCAUAGGGAUCUUCUGUUUUGAGUCUGGAAUAAAGAUCCUGGCACUUGGUUUUGCCUUUCACAAGAACUCCUACCUGAGAAAUGGGUGGAAUGUCAUGGACUUUGUGGUGGUACUCACAGGUAUUCUGUCCACUGUGGGUUCAGAUUUCGACUUGCGGACCCUCAGGGCUGUGCGAGUAUUGAGGCCCCUCAAACUGGUGUCCGGUAUUCCAAGCUUACAGGUGGUGCUCAAAUCCAUCAUGAAGGCCAUGAUUCCUCUGCUGCAAAUUGGCCUGCUUCUUUUCUUUGCCAUCCUCAUGUUUGCCAUCAUUGGUCUGGAGUUCUACAUGGGCAAAUUCCACACGACCUGCUUUGACAAUCACACAGGUGAGAUCCGAGAAGAGUUUCCAUGUGGGACAGAGCCUCCGUCACGACUAUGUCCAGAUGGCACCACGUGUAGACAGUACUGGCUGGGACCAAACUACGGGAUCACCCAGUUUGACAACAUCCUGUUUGCUAUUCUCACCGUCUUCCAGUGUAUCACCAUGGAGGGCUGGACUGAAUUACUCUACUAUAGCAACGAUGCCUCAGGGAGUGCAUGGAACUGGAUGUACUUCAUCCCCCUCAUCAUCAUCGGCUCCUUCUUCAUGCUCAACCUGGUGCUGGGUGUGUUGUCAGGGGAGUUUGCCAAAGAGAGAGAGCGUGUAGAGAACAGGAGUGAGUUCCUGAAGCUCAGAAGACAGCAGCAGAUUGAAAGAGAACUAAAUGGUUAUCUUGAGUGGAUCUGCAAAGCUGAAGAGGUCAUCUUGGCAGACGAUGAAAAUGAAAAUGAUUAUGAUGGCUCCCGUAGAAGAGCCACAAAAAACCAUAAAAGCAAAGCUGAGCUUCUAAACCCAGAGGAAGGGGAGGGGGAUCUGGCAGUAGGGUCACCAUUUGCCCGUGCCAGCUUGAAGAGCUCCAAGCUUGAAGGAUCGACUUUCAAGCGGCGAGAGCGACGGCUACGCUUCUUAAUUCGACACGUUGUUAAAUCCCAGGCCUUCUACUGGACCGUACUGUGUUUGGUGGGCCUCAACACAAUGUGUGUGGCAGUAGUGCACUACGACCAACCAGAGAUACUUUCUGAUUUUCUGAAUAUUGCUGAAUUCAUCUUCCUGGGGAUAUUCUUGACGGAGAUGAUGGUAAAGAUGUACGGCCUCGGCAAGCAGGCCUACCUCAACUCCUCCUUCAACUGUUUCGACUGCAUUGUGAUAUGUGGUAGUAUAUUUGAAGUGCUGUGGUCCAUCAUCCAGCCGGGCACAUCAUUUGGCAUCAGUGUGCUACGAGCUCUCAGGUUAUUGAGGAUCUUCAAAGUCACUAAGUACUGGGCAUCUUUGCGUAACCUCGUUGUGUCUCUGCUCAACUCCAUGAAGUCCAUCAUCAGCUUGCUCUUCCUGCUCUUCCUCUUCAUAGUUGUCUUUGCCCUGCUGGGCAUGCAGCUCUUCGGAGGACAGUUUAAUUUUGAAAAUGGCACUCCUCCAACCAACUUCGAUACCUUCCCCGCAGCAAUAAUGACAGUGUUCCAGAUCCUGACCGGCGAGGACUGGAACAUGGUGAUGUACGAUGGCAUCAAAUCUCAGGGCGGAGUCAACAAGGGCAUGGCCUUCUCUGUCUUCUUCAUCGUACUCACACUUUUUGGCAACUAUACUCUGCUGAAUGUGUUCUUGGCUAUCGCUGUUGACAAUUUGGCCAAUGCACAGGAGCUGACCAAGGAUGAACAGGAGGAAGAGGAGGCUGCCAGUCAGAAGAUCGCCCUGCAGAAAGCCAAGGAAGUGGCUGAAGUCAGCCCACUGUCUGCUGCCAACCUCUCCAUCGCAGCCAACAAAGUACACAGUGAGUGUCACAACGCUACCGACCCCUUUCUGGACUGUAAGGAGCAGCAGAAGAACCACAAUAAGGGGAUCAAUAAGUCAAUUUGGGAACAACGCACCAAGGAGCUAAGGAGACAGACUCUGGUGUCCAGUCGCGAGGCCCUCUAUAAUGAGCUGGACCCUGACGACCGCUGGAAGGCAAGGACAGGGAGGGAGGAGCACAACAAUGUUAACUAUUCACGUCACAUCCGUCCAGACAUGAAGACCCACCUGGAUCGACCCUUGGUGGUCGAUCCCCAUGAGAACCGCAACAACAACACCAACAAGACAACUGCAAACAAUUCAGACCUUUGCUUCAGCCAGCACCACCCUGCUGAUGAGCUCCACAGACAAACACGCCUCCAUGAACAUGGUGGCCAAGUAGGAGGGGGUGGUGGAGGAGGCUCGGGUCCAGUCAGGCCUCCCUUGGAACGGGGCGAGUCCACAGAGAGCAGGCGGAGCCGUAAAGGUGAGCACCACCACCACACCUCACAUGUCCGAUUGGAUGCUACAGUGAUCCCUGGGCCAGGCUCAGAGGAGAGGCCGUCCAGACGCCAUCACCACACCCGGAGUGGUAGCCGAGGCGGAGGGCAGUCAGAGCACAGGAAGCCCAGGUCACAUCGAAAAUGCGCAGAAGAUGGUGCGGAUGGCGGAGGAGGAGCUGGAAAACCAGGGAGACAUAAGAGUAAAGGAGUUGAUGGAGGUGGAGAAGGGGGAGAACAGGAGGGAGCUGGUGAUGGCAGUGAGAGGAGGCCAAGAAGAAAUCGCCAUGGCAAUCAAACAGACGGCGAGGGGAAGAGGAUGUGCCAACACAGAAGGAAGGAUUGCAGUGUUCCUAACCUCUCUACCACACGGCCAAUCCAGAAGAGCCUCUCAAGGCAGGACAGCCAGUACAGUGAAGACAUGGACAACCUCAUGAAUACCAAACUGGUCUCUGGCUCUACCCCACCUAGUGAGGUUCACCCUAAUCCAGUUAGCAACCACACGGUGGCCCCUGGCUUUGGAUCUGCCCUCCAUCUUGCUAACAGUGGCACUCAUGGGAGUUUGGUCACAUUAGAUAGCUAUGGGAGCAUCGCACAUCAACGUGCCAACAGCGUCAUCAGGCUGCCCCACCCUGACUACACAGCUGUAGACAUGCCAAUUUUUCCAUCCACCAAUGCCAUACUGCAGGUCAAUAAGAAUGCCAACACAGAGCCUCUACCAGCGAAGGAGGAUAAGGAUGAUGAUGAUGAUGAGAAGGGAGGUGAAGGAGGACCCAGGCCUAUGCCUCCCUUUAGCUCUAUGUUCAUCCUGUCCACCACCAACCCGUUUCGCCGGGCAUGUCACUACAUUUGCACCCUGCGUUAUUUUGAGAUGUGUAUCCUGCUGGUCAUUGCCAUGAGCAGUAUUGCCCUGGCCGCUGAAGACCCGGUCUGGCCCGAAUCCCCUCGCAACAAUGUGCUGCGCUAUUUCGACUAUGUCUUCACAGGAGUGUUCACAUUUGAGAUGCUGAUAAAGAUGGUGGAUCUUGGAUUGGUCUUGCACCAGGGCUCUUAUUUCCGGGACUUGUGGAACAUCCUUGACUUUAUAGUGGUUAGUGGUGCUCUGGUGGCCUUCGCCUUCACCGGCGGCGGGGGGAGCAGCAAAGGAAAAGACAUUAGCACUAUCAAGUCUCUGAGGGUGCUGAGAGUGUUACGACCUCUGAAGACUAUUAAACGUCUUCCAAAACUCAAGGCUGUGUUUGACUGUGUGGUGAACUCUCUGAAGAAUGUGCUCAACAUCCUGAUCGUCUACUUACUCUUCAUGUUCAUCUUUGCUGUGGUGGCUGUGCAGCUCUUUAAGGGACGCUUCUUUUACUGCACUGAUGAAUCCAAAGAGUUUGCGCGCGACUGCAGGGGCGAGUAUCUAGUGUAUGAACGUGAUAACGAAGUGAAGGCGCAGAAGCGGGAGUGGAAGAAGUACGAUUUCCACUACGACAACGUGGCUUGGGCCCUCCUCACCCUCUUCACUGUGUCUACCGGAGAGGGGUGGCCGCAGGUGCUGAAGCAUUCAGUGGAUGCGACUUAUGAAAACCAGGGCCCGAGCCCGGGGUACCGGAUGGAAAUGUCCAUCUUUUACGUGGUGUACUUCGUGGUCUUCCCCUUCUUCUUCGUCAACAUCUUCGUGGCUCUCAUCAUCAUCACCUUCCAGGAGCAAGGAGACAAGAUGAUGGAGGACUACAGUUUAGAAAAGAACGAGAGAGCCUGUAUAGACUUUGCCAUCAACGCCAGGCCCCUGACACGCCACAUGCCUCAGAACAAGCUGAGCUUCCAAUACCGAAUGUGGGAGUUUGUGGUGUCGCCGCCAUUUGAGUAUACUAUCAUGGCAAUGAUCGCGCUCAACACGGUUGUGCUGAUGAUGAAGUAUGACGGAGCUUCUGAUACCUAUGAAGCUGUGUUAGUCAACCUGAACAUAGUGUUUACCGCCCUCUUCUCCAUGGAGUGUGUACUCAAGAUCAUCGCCUUUGGAGUACUGAAUUAUUUCAAAGAUGCCUGGAAUAUUUUUGACUGUGUGACAGUUCUGGGCAGCAUCACUGACAUCCUGGUUACAGAGCUCGGGAUGAAUAAUUUCAUCAAUCUAAGUUUCCUGAGGCUGUUCAGGGCAGCUCGUCUCAUCAAGCUACUGAGGCAGGGAGAAACCAUCCGCAUCUUGCUCUGGACCUUCGUUCAGUCCUUCAAGGCUCUGCCUUAUGUCUGCCUCCUCAUUGCCAUGCUGUUCUUCAUUUACGCCAUCAUUGGGAUGCAGCUGUUUGGGAAUAUUGCUAUUGAAGAAGACGGAGACAGUGCCAUCAACCAGCACAACAACUUCAGGACCUUCGUACAGGCUCUCAUGCUUCUGUUCAGGAGUGCAACAGGAGAGGCAUGGCACGACAUCAUGCUGGCGUGUCUGGGGGGUAAGGAGUGUGACCCCCUGUCAGGGAAUACAGACCCAGAGUGUGGCAGCCAGUUUGCCUACCUCUACUUCGUCUCCUUUAUCUUCUUCUGUUCAUUCUUGAUGCUGAAUCUGUUUGUAGCCGUCAUCAUGGACAACUUUGAGUACCUGACUCGAGAUUCAUCCAUACUGGGACCACACCACCUGGAUGAGUAUGUCAGAAUAUGGGCCGAGUAUGAUCCUGCUGCCUGUGGCAGGAUCAGUUGCAGGGAAAUGUAUGACAUGCUGAGGCACAUGUGUCCUCCACUAGGCCUCGGGAAGAGGUGUCCAGCACGGGUGGCCUACAAGAGACUGCUCCGUAUGGAUCUGCCUGUGGCUGAUGACAACACGGUCCACUUCAACUCAACUCUCAUGGCCUUGAUCCGCACAGCACUGGACAUCAAGAUCGCCAAGGGUGCAGAAGGUGGUGUUGACAAGCACCAGAUGGACGCAGAGCUGAGGAAAGAGAUGAUGGCGAUCUGGCCCAAUCUUUCCCAGAAGACUCUUGAUUUGCUGGUUACGCCACACAAGUCAGCAACAGACCUGACAGUGGGGAAAAUCUAUGCCGCCAUGAUGAUCAUGGAGUACUACCGGCAGAGCAAGAUCAAGCGCUCACUGGCUCCUCGUGAUGAUCAGAAUCGAACACCAUUACUGUUUCAGCGCGUGGAGCCACCUUCCCCCGCCCAGGACGGGGGUCCGGGACUUAACAAUGCACUCCCUCCACCUGAGACAACCGAGACUGUCAACAGCCUGCCAGUGGAGGGAGGGGUCCCGGAAAGCCAUUCAUGGGUGACAGCUCGUGCUCAGGAGAUGUCCCAGAAGGUCGGAAGCUGGAGUCCUGAGGGACACCCUGAGGAUGGCCUGGGAAGCAUGUCCAACUCUCAGACGGUAGAGAUGAGAGAGAUGGGGCAGGAUGGUUACUCGGAUACCGAGCACUUUCCACCAAUGGAAGGCCAUGGCAGGGCCGCUUCCAUGCCCCGCCUCCCAGGCGACAACCAAACCAUUAACGAUAGCAGUCCCAUGAAGCGCUCAGCCUCAUCACUGGGCCAUAGCAGGUCUGGACGUGGCCACAGAGACAAAGGAGGGAUGGAUGAUUACAACAUGGAGCGUGUACCUGAGGAGGGGAGAACUUCUAGACAUGGACACCGGCGAAAAGACCGGGGCCAUCGGGCAUCAGAGAGGUCUCUCUGUCGCUACACGGAGGCUGACACAGGCCUGGGCACAGACCUCAGCACAACCACCCAGUCAGGCGACCUUACGUCCAAAGACAAGGAUCGUGACAGAGAUCGUGGACGGUCCAAAGACCGUAAGCACCACCACCACCAUCACCACCACCAUGGCUCUGUGGACAAGGAGCGCUAUGUAGCAGAGAGGGGCGGCGAGUAUGGACACAGGCACUCCCGCGACAGAGACCAUGACAGGGAGCGGGAGAGGGAGAGGGAGAGGGAGAGAGAAAGGGACCGCCGCUGGUCACGAUCACCCAGCGAGGGUCGCGAGUGUAUGACACACAGACAGGGCAGUAGUUCGGUCAGCGGAAGUCCUGUCCCCUCAACCUCGGGGACCAGUACGCCACGUCGAGGCCGUCGACAGUUGCCUCAGACCCCUGCAACACCCCGGCCCCAUGUUACCUACUCCCCUGUAGUCCGUAAGGCCAUGCCCACACCACCUGGGGGGCCACAGGGCCGAACCCCAGCCCCCCGCCGCUUUUCUCCUGAGCCACCCCAAGGCCAGGGCCCUCCCCCGGCUGGGCUCCCAUUGGCCCACCAUGGCACACCCCGCCAGGGUCAUCAUCCCCCGGGUCGCUGGGGAGACGCAGGUGGAGGCGGCUCCAUGGAAGGGGAUGGCUGCUUCUACAACCAGGAGUACCAGGACUAUGAGCCCCACCAUGAACCACCUGCCUAUGAGCAGAGCCCCAUGCAGGGUGGCAACCCCCACCCCCAUGCCUUGGCCAACCACCCACUGCCGCCUCCUCCACAACCACAGCCACAUAACCCCCAUCCCCUUCCUCCACCCCAGCCACACCCUGUAAACAACCCCCACCCUCAUCCACAGCCCAGUCGCACCUCACCUAGGACUGCCCACCAUGCGCCCCCGCCCACCACCGCCCUGACUGGGCCUGUACAGGGCCAGAUGCAGCCUGCCGCCCAGCGCCGCCUACCCAAUGGCUACCGCUCUUCAUCACCUUCAACACAUCUCCAUGGACCUCCACAUACUGGACCUCACAAGGUCCCCCCUCCAGCUGGGCAUCCCAGGGGUCCCCGCAAGGGCCUGCAUGAACCCUACAGCGAGACGGAGGACGACGACUGGUGCUAGCCUCUGGGGAUGGGGGAGGGGUGUAAGGAGGAAAAAGAAUUUAUAGAUGGACCGAAAGAUGACGAUGGGAAGCUCUGAGCGAGAGCACUGACUGCCAAGGGAAACCAUGAUUCUUUCUUUCUCGUCUGUUCAGUUUUUUCCUCUCCUCCACCGCUUGGCAUGUCCCAGGCAUGGUGGGCUAGAUGAAGGGACAGGUAUCAGGAAGAACAGAUGAAGCAAAAAUGCUGAUGCAGGAUCUGGAGUAACAAGUGGUGUAGGAGGAGGUAACAAACCACCUCCAUGUUCUGCUUGCAUUGUUGUUGCAUUCAUCUCUUGAUGCCAAAUAAGACCAACCUCAAACUGCAGUUUUUAAGGAUGCAAGCAGGAGGGGUGAUGGACACUAGUCUUUGUGUGUCUUAAAUUAUGCCUCUGGCAAUGAGCUACAGCCACUUACAAGAUGUCAAGAGUUGCGACUCGACAAAAGACACUUUAACAGUCAGAGACAAAAGAACGACCACUGUUUUGUUUUGUUUUGUUUUUUUUUGCUUCUUAAAGCUAACUUCACUUAAGUUAGCUAGAAAAAAGAAUCAAAUCCAACCCUCCCAGCCACCAGUUGAAUAUUGAUGAGUUUUAUCAUCUGUGUUUUUAAAUGAGAACAAAACUGACAAUGAGCCCUCCGCCUGUAUGAGGUGAGAUGGCUAAGUGGGUGGGAGAGUUGGGGAGUGUUGCACGGGGUUGACAAGUCCUUCGAUCAAAAUCUAGAGGACAGGAUGGGUGUGUUAGGGAUGUUUACCCCUGUCCGCUGGAGAACACCCUCCUCAAACAAACAAACAAUUCAACCAACCUCAACCUAUGACCUAUGAAGGAAGAAAAAAAAAAAAAAAAGUGGAGGUGGGUUUCAGAAACAAAAAGAAAAAACAAACCAAUAACUGUUUUCUGCAGUAUUUCUUCUAUUCCUGCUUCUUCUUCCUCCUUCUCUUCUACUUCUUCAAAACAUUGAAGCUUGAAUCUUCUGUUGCACCCCACACAGCUUCGUUUUUUAGACUUGCGGAGUUGUACACCCUGUGGAAUCCUGCAUGAAUGAUACAAAAAAUAAUAAUAAUAGCAACAAUGAGAAUCUACUGUAUGCGGGGGGAAAACUUUACUUGGUCAUUUCUGUUGUGGUCUUUGGGGUUUCUCUCUUUUUAGUAAAAACGCCUUUCUAUUUCUCUUUCUCUCUCUCCUCUGUAUGACAUUCCUCUCUCUGUACCUUCAUUGACACUAAAAUCAAGUGACAGAAGGCUAUAGGGAAAUUGCAUAGUUACUGUCUCUAUAUCUAGAAGGAACAAAAUGAUUACUUUUUGCUUGCUUGUCUGUAUGUUAUGUACCAGAUGCCUGCCACUGAUACAGUUGGAAUUGCACAUAUUAUUUGUGGAAGUAACCUUUUGUAACUAAAGAAAAUAAUCCUUAAAAUGAUAUACUGGGAAGCAGGGUAAAGCGGGUGAAAGAUGUGGUGUCCAUAUUGGUAUUGAAUGAACAAGUCCGACAAAUCAGUCACAUCUCAAAGUCUUCCAGGGUUUGGGGUUAAAACAGAGACACCAGAGAGAAAGAGACCAAUAGAAAAUUGGAGAAAGGAGAGAAACUCUUCAUCUUUGUUUUCGUUGUUAUUGACCGUAAUAAUGGAUAAACAAAUAAUAUAAUAACUUAUAAUGAUCAUGAUGAUCGUGAUAAUGAGACAGAUUGUCCAUGUAUGGUCUUAUAUUCUGUUAUGUAUGUUUAUUUUAUUUUGAGCCCAGCUAAUCAUUUUUCCAACCCUGAGGUGGAGCUCUGACCCACAGUUGCAUUGUGGGAGAAUGAGUCUGUAGGUGGGCAAAUGUGAGUCAAAGCUAAAGACUAUACAGAAUUUAGACAGUGGGUGAGUUUGACUGAAAUUUGAUUGGUUAAAAAUUGGUCAAACAAAGCAGAUACAUAGAUGAGUCUCCUGCAGAUGCUUAAGCGAGUUCCACUACCACUUGUGACCUUUCGGUGGCGCUGUAUGACAAACAGUGUCCCUCGAGUUUUUUGUACCUUUCCCUUUACUUCACUUCUGAUGCAGAGUUGUUAUACAGUAUCAGUGCACCGAGAAUACAGUUUAACUCAUUUUCUCACUGGUAGACCACCUCGUCUGUGUUCACCACAUGUAAACACAGGCGACUGGAGUCACAUAGCUCAGAUGGGUUGGAGAAAAGAUGUCUGGGCCUUGUCAUGGUCCUGAAAACAUCUAUGUUCUGUGUGCAUCACUCCUGUAUACCUUUAAUUUCUUUCUGUGUGUUUCUCUGUGUGCCUCAAACUAACACUUGUCACUAACGCACACCACUGUCAGCCCCAACAUUAUUAUUAGUAUUAUUAUUAUUUAAUCUAUCUGACCUACAUUUUUACCUGGAGGCCUAUCACAUGUUGACCAGAGAAUGCACCGAAAAAUUUGAAAAGAUAAAAAAACUGCCUAUUAGUGUCUUUCCAACCUCAGUGGAAUGUCACAGACCAGUAUUUUUUUCACAUCACUACAUUUAAAAUCAGAAAGCACACUAGGUAUGUAGCUCCUGGUUGUGGUGUGUGUGUGACUGGGUUUCUGAGUGUGUGUGUGUGUGUGUGUGCGUGUGCGUGCGUGUGUGUGUGUGUGUGUACAUGAAUGAGUAUGAGUGUUUCUGGUAGAUUUUGGUGUUAUAUUUUUGUGCUUGCUUUGCUUUCUAUUAUUUGUCUCCAGAAAUUGUUUGAAACCUUAAGAUGUUUUAGUCAAAUCAUUGUAAACAAACUGUGUGUGUGUGUGUGUGUGUGUGUGUGUGUGUGUGUGUGUGCGCGUGCCCCCUGAAUGAAACAUGCAAAGCCCCAAACAUUCACCAUCCAUCUUUGUGUCUAUGCUGCAGUGAAAUCCACUAACACGCUGAUUAACCACACAAAGUCUUCAAAAAGCAAUGUAAAGCCGCUACUGAGAAAAAAAAAAAAGAGUUUUUUUUUUU